CGCUCAAUCUCUGCCACCCAUAAUAUAUUUUCUAUGGGCAGCAAUGAAAAAAGGUUGUGACUCAAGCCUAAAUCUUGGAUUCUCUGCAACACCAGUAAUCCAAAAGCAGAUCUUCUUCUGAAUCUAAAAGCUAUAAAAAGAUUCCAUUUACAACACCUGCACCUACAAAUUAUUCAAAAUGCUGGGUGCUGUAUCACGACGUCGUCGGUUUGUGUUUCUGAUAAUAUUUUGCUGCCUAUCAUAUCUUGUGUUUAGUCUGUACAUCAAAAGAGAUAUCCCAAGCAAUUUAAGCGUCGUCACAGAAAUUAAUGAAGAUACUACAUUCAUUGACCACCAAGAUAUUGAAAAUAAGAAGUCAGAAAAAGAAGCUGACGAUACAAAGAAUAUACCGGAAUCUAAAAUAGUUUUACCCAAUGAAGACACUACCAAUACAGAAGAAUCUGAAAUUGAUCGUAAAAAAAAAUUAUUACGUCUACAGCAAUUCAGAAAAGCUAAAGUUCCUCCAGAGGAUUUAUUUUUCAAAUCACGCGUGACUUUUCCAGAGGAUGCUGUUUCUGGUCCUACAGACGAUGACAACGAUAUUCAACAAAUAAAAGGUUUAAUUCACAAAGCUGUAACAGAACCUUACCAUUCUACAAAAGAUGCCCAGUCAGUAAAUGAUAUUGAAGUCCAGUCUGUCCCUGCAGUUACAGACGGUGGUGUAACCAAAGCUCCACCGGAACAAGCCGGAACCACAGGGCCUGUUCCUAAAAGUCGGGAAAAGCUUUCUCCUACCGAAGUCUCCCAUAUAUCAUCUACUGAUGCUUUGCCGGCCGUUGAUCCAACUAAAAAUCCAGCUUUGAUAAUAGAUACCUCAGGUUGUAAAGUACCAAAAUUAGAUCCUUAUGAUCCGACAGUGGCUCAUCUUAUAAGCCUUAAAGGCGAAUAUAUCUGCUCCGAUAUACCUUUAUUUAUGACUCCCCAACCUAAUGGUAUCAUUCACCUCAAUGUUUCAAUAUUGAAGCAAUAUUACAAUUCCACACCAGAUGAUAUUCAAUGUUGGUAUCAGGCUAUAUUACGAAAACACGAAGAGCCAGGCAAUGUCAGAGAAAAUGACUAUAGAACAACUAAAGUUGCAGAGCUAGAAUUCGAUAAACCCUUGAAACAUGAGUACAUUGCAGCUAGAUGCUAUUUCAGUAACAAUUACACACAUGAGCAAUACCUGCCCCUGGUCAAGUUGAAAACAGAAGUAGAAGAGGAAAGAUCAAAAAUCAAACCCCCUUCUCCCCUGAAUGUCAUUCUCCUUGGAAUUGACUCAGUUUCAAAAUUGAAUUUUAUAAGACAUUUUCUAAAAACUAAAGCCUUUCUAAAAGACAAAAUGAAGCCCUUCGAAAUGAAAGGUUAUACGAAAGUUGGAGACAAUACAUUUCCUAAUUUAGUACCUAUGCUGACGGGACAUUUUGUAGAAUAUUAUUGGAAUGAAUCAGUUCGAGACACGUUUCUAUUUGACAAUAUCAGCUUGAUUUGGAAAGAUUACGCCAGAAAUGGAUUUAGAACAUUUUAUGCUGAAGAUUCACCAUUUUCUGGUACUUUUAAUUACAUCAAAAGGGGCUUUCACGAUCCGCCAACCGAUUAUUACUAUAGACCACUUGCACUAGCAAUUGACCAGUCAGAUUUGAGGAAGCAAGCCAAAAAUGCACAUCUCGAUGACUGCUUAAAUGCUGAGUUAGAAACUGAUCUUAUGUAUGACUAUUUGAAAAAUUUUGUUAAAACCAUGGAUAAAAGACCGUAUUGGGCAUUUUGUAUGGUGUCUACUCUUACCCAUGAUUAUCUAAAUAGUGCUAGCUACGCUGAUCCACCAGCAACUAGGAUACUCCAAAUACUAUCAGAUAUAGGAGCACUGAAUAAUAGUGCUUUAGUUAUAUUCAGUGAUCAUGGUUUGAGAUUCGGUGCAAUAAGACACACAUAUGUUGGCAAAUUUGAAGAAAGAAUGCCUUUUAUGUACAUACACUUCCCGACAUGGUUCCUUAAGCAGCAUCCUGAAUUUGAGAGAAAUCUCAAAAUAAAUCAAGAGAGGUUAAUCACUUUAUUUGAUCUCCAUCGUACCAUGAAACAUUUACUUCACCUUGAUUCAAAAAUGGAUCGAGAGCCUGAAGAGCAUGGUUUGAGCCUGCUGGAAAAAAUUCCAGAAAACAGAACUUGCGCUGACGCCAAUAUUCUGGAACAUUGGUGUCCUUGCAAUAACUUCGAAAAAGUAAAUGUAAGUGACAUAAUGGUAGUUAAUGCUUCCCAAACUAUCGUCAACCACAUAAAUGAACUUCUGCUUCCUCAUGCUGAAAUAUGUGAGACGUUGGAAGUAGCUGAAGUAACUGACGCUCGGCUAGGUCUGCCUAAUAAAGUUGUUUUAAAAUUUGAAAGGCAUGAAAAUGUUGUAGUAAACAGAACUGUAGUUUUGGGUGAAGCACCACCAACCCUUGGUGAUUAUCUGCUGACUCUUACGGUGAAGCCUGGUGGUGCCAUAUUCGAAGGAACAGUGCGAUAUGACGCUGAACAUUCAGCAUUUAAAGUUAUGGGUAUAAGCCGAAUUAACAUGUAUGGAAAAACUUCAUGGUGUAUAAAUAGCCAAAAACUUAAAUUAUAUUGUUAUUGCAAAGUUCAACAGACUUAAACUUGAAGAAAAAAUUAAAAUAGCAUUAUUUAAAUUCAUAGACUAAGCAUCAAAGCAGAGGAAGUCAUAACUACUAAAAAGCCAUCAUGUGUCUGCCAUAUAAAUUUUUUAUUGUAAAUUUCACACAAACCUAAAUCGCUUUAAUAUUC